GUUUGUUACAGUUUUUUUAGGACUCUAACUUUUCAACUUAGGCUAUGAAGUCCCCGUCUCCCACCAGUCAGCCCCAGGCAAACAGCAUCAAAUGGCCGGGCAAGACCCUGUCAAUGACCAGCUCCCAACCGACGAAGGAGGCUACCAGCUCUACAAAGCAGCUGGCAAGCUCGCAGGAAGGAAAGCACUGAUCACCGGCGGCGACUCUGGAAUUGGACGUGCCAUAGCUAUCCUCUACGCCAUGGAAGGUGCUGAUUCAACCAUCGUCUACACGCCCGAAGAACAAAAGGACGCCGAGAAGACACAGGACCUUGUCCGAGAGAAAGGCGGCCAGACCCACCUCAUCCAAGCAGAUUUGAGAAGCCACCAAGCUUGCAAGAAUGUAGUUGAGAAGGCCCUCGAGGCAAUGGGGCGGAUCAACAUUCUGGUGCUGAAUCACGGGUUCCAGAUGAUGCAGAAUACGAUUGCUGAGUUGAGCGAGGAGCAAUGGAUCAAAACGUUCGAUACAAACAUCCACCCGUUUUUCUUCCUCUCGAAAUAUGUUCUUCCCCACAUGAAGCGCGGUGACGCGAUUAUCACCUGUGCUUCCGUCAACCAUUACAUCGGCCGACCAGACCUGCUCGACUACACCUCCACCAAGGGCGCAAUUGUAGCCUUUACCCGCGGCCUUUCGAACCAGCAAGUUGAGCAUGGGAUCAGAGUGAAUUGUGUGUGCCCAGGCCCUAUCUGGACUCCGUUGAUUCCAGCGACGAUGAAUGAUGAGGCGCAAAAGUCCUUCACUAGCCCCAUGGGAAGACCAGGCCAACCGUCAGAGGUUGCGACUUGCUUUGUGUUCUUGGCAAGUGCUGAUAGCAGCUUCAUGUCUGGGCAAAGCUUGCAUCCGAACGGAGGUGUGAUCGUUGGCUCCUAGAUCUUCCAUCUUAGGGAGGUGCGUUAUGGGGAGCACCGGAGAUACAUUGUCUCGGUACACCUGGGACAAUGGGUACAGAUUGUUCCCAGAAAAAUUGGGACAUUUUAAUUUAGCGAUAAAUUUUUGAAACAGCG